CCACGUCUUUCUUGUCUCUCUGUAGAUUCCCUGGCUCUUCAGGAGCGUGGAGAACAGCCUCACUGGUGUGUGGUGGCCUAUUGGGAGGAAAAGACCCGCGUUGGGCGCCUCUACUCCGUCCAGGAGCCAUCUCUGGACAUCUUUUAUGACCUACCUCAGGGCACGGGCUUUUGCUUGGGCCAGCUCGCCUCCGACAACAAGAGUCAACUGGUGCAAAUGGUUCGGGUCAAGAUCGGCUACGGCAUCCAACUGAGCCGCGAACCCGACGGCGUGUGGGUGUAUAACCGGAGUUGCUACCCCAUAUUCAUCAAGUCAGCCACACUGGACAACCCCGACUCGCGUACGCUGCUGGUGCAUAAAGUAUUCCCCGGCUUUUCCAUCAAGGCCUUCGACUUUGAGAAGGCGGGAAGCCUACAGCGGCCCAACGACCACGAGUUCAGCCAGCAGCCGCGGACGGGCUUCACCGUGCAGAUCAGUUUCGUGAAGGGCUGGGGGCAGUGCUACACCAGACAGUUCAUCAGCAGCUGCCCCUGCUGGCUUGAGGUCAUAUUCAAUAACCGAUAACAGUGAGCCCCACCCCCUCACCACGCCCCCCAUUCCUUCAUGGAGAUGGACUAGCCCUUACCUUUUAUGGACUGUGUUGUCUUUCUGUUUUGUUUUUCACAAGAAGUUCUCCGAAGGAUGUUUUG